GCGUCCGCAUCCAAGUUGCGAUCGGAUUCAUUCGCAUUCGCCAGUGAUCAACUCCGCUGCUGCAGAUCCACAGCCAAAAAAUGCUGCACAUAGUAUCGGUUGUUAUUAUAGCCCUGAGUCUGGGCUGUGCCGUUGGCCAGGAUUUGCGGCGUGUGGACGACACCGAGUUGAUUCAACUCCUGACCGGCAGCAGCAAUGUGGUUGUCCUAUUCAGUGAGUAUUGGUAGGAAAGUCAGCCAGAGAAAUCCAGCCUACGUGUCCACUGUGCAUAUGGAGGAUGGUACACCGGUUACUGGCUAACGAGCACACUUAAUUGCAGACAAAAACAAUUGCCAGCGCUGCGUGGAAUAUGAGAACAUGGUGACCAAGAUACGUGCCCAGCUGGAGGAGACCUUGUCGGCCAUUGUGGUCCAGUCGGUGGACAGCAACCUGGUAUCCAUCUAUGACCCCAGCAAGGAGCCCGCUUUGGUGUUCUUCAGGCGAGGAAUACCCAUUCUAUACCAUGGCGAGAUCAACGAUGACGAAAUCCUAGACUUCUUCAAUGACAACUUAGAGCCAGCGGUCAAAGAGCUUUCCGACGACAACUUCGAGCACCUGACUCAAGCCUCGUCGGGUGCCACUACCGGGGACUGGUUUAUCUUCUUCUCUUCGGCCGAAUGUACCGUCUGUCAGCGACUCUAUGCCGUUUGGGAGUCUGUGGGCGGAAAGCUAAAGCGAAAGCUGAAUAUUGCCCGCAUGAACAGUUUGGAGUCUGGAAUCUCAACUGCUACGCGACUGGGAGUAUUGGAAGCACCGGCUUUUAUUUUCUUGAGGCAAGGAAAGAUGUACAAAUAUUCAGCCAAGCAAUACAGUCCCGAAGCCUUUGUCCAGUUUGCUGAGAAGGGAUAUACCCAGAGCCAUCCUCAACCAGUGCCCGCAAUCCCAAGUGCCGUAAACGAAUUUUUGGGCCCACUGCAAAGUUAUUUUGCAGCUGAAAACAUAACAUCGCUGGCGACUUUGAGUAUUUUCGCCUUAGUUGCUCUCUUAUUCGUUGGCAAAAAGGUUGCCAAAAUAUUCAGUUCAGAGCCUGCGAAAACAAAAAAUAAGUCGAAAUAAAACUAAUAUAAAGACUAAAUG